AUUAAUAUAUUAAUGGCUUAUUCCAUGCAGAGCUUCUUUAAUUCUUCUAGAAGUAAUCAAACAUUGUUUUCUGCACUGAAUGAAGAUAAAGUGGUUCUGUUCCUACAUUUGCUAGGCAUAGACACAAAUGGACAUGCUCAUCGGCCAAACUCAAGGGAAUACAAGGAGAAUAUUAAAAAAGUUGACGAGGGUGUGAAAGAAAUUGCUUCAAUGAUUGACCAUUUCUAUGGAAAUGAUGGAAAAACUGCAUUUAUUUUAACUUCUGACCAUGGAAUGACAGAUUGGGGAUCCCAUGGAGCUGGUCAUCCUUCAGAAACUUUAACACCACUGAUUGUGUGGGGUGCUGGAAUAAAUUAUCCACAGAAGGUUACAUCCCAGUUCUUUGAAGACAAUUUUUUGAAAGAAUGGAAGCUGGAGAACUUGAAGAGGCUUGAUGUCAAUCAGGCUGAUAUAGCACCGCUGAUGGCUUCCCUUAUCGGUGUGCCUUUUCCCCUGAAUUCUGUGGGGACUCUGCCUCUGGAAUAUCUGAACAAUAGUGCUCAUUUCAAAGCAGAGAGCAUGUUUACCAACGCUGUUCAAAUUCUUGAGCAAUUUAAGGUUAAGAUGAGCCAGAAAAAGGAAAAUACACUGUCGUUUCUGUUUACACCAUUCAAACCACUUUCUGAUUCUGAACAAAUAAACUUUUUAAAGAAAAUAAGACUAUGUAUUCAGCAGCAGAAGUACAAUGAAGCGGUGUCCUUGUGCAAAACCCUGAUUAACCUUGCUUUGGAAGGCUUGUCUUAUUACCAUACUUACGAUAGAUUGUUCCUGGGUCUAAGUAUUGCAAUGAGUUUUGUGGGCUGGACGACUUAUGUGAUUUUGGUGAUUAUCAAGACCCAUACCAAUUUGACCAAGACUGUCCCAACUAAUAAUCAGAAAUCUACUGUUCUCUUCUAUGGUUUUGCCUUUGCUGGAAUGAUAAUAGCUUUUUUCCUGUUGAUUCAGACAUGUCCUUGGACAUACUAUGUAUACUGUCUCUUGCCAGUACCAGUAUGGUAUGCAGUUGUGAGAGAAAUUCCUGUUAUUCAAGACCUUGCCGCAAAUGUCUUGUCACUUCGUAUCAGUCAGUCUAUAGGAUUCCUCUUGGUUUGUAUACUGGGAAUUGAAAUACUAGUCUUCAGCUUUUUCUACCGCUCUGCGCUUACUGUUGGUCUUCUUGUCUUUGCUGGCUGGCCAGUGAUCACACAGCUCUGGGUUCAAGCAAAGACAAAAGCCUUGAUCUGGACUCUUUUGUGUGUGCUCCUUGCAAUAUUUCCAUUAAUGCCUGUUGUAGGAAGAGAACCAAACAUUCCUCUGGUAAUAGCAGCUGGUUUGCUGACCCUCUUGAUCUCUUGCUUCUCAUUGGCAUCUCUUUGUGGAAGCAAAAAUAAGUACAGAAAUAAUGAAGAUUUGAAAGUAUAUUUUUAUCAGAUGUUGAGUAUUGGUCUUUCGACAUACGUUGUGAGCAGUACCCAUGACAGUCUUAAGAACAAACUGGGAUUGCCUGUAUUGAAUCAAAUUGUUAGCUGGAUGACUCUAGUUUCUUCCCCAGUGCUGCUGUUACUGAGCCCCACGUUUCUCUUUCAGCGACUGUUCAGCAUAUUACUCUCUCUGAUGUCCACUUACCUGCUCCUCAGCACAGGAUACGAAGCUCUCUUUCCACUGGUGCUAUUUGGUUUGAUGUUUGUGUGGAUAAAUAUGGAGCAAGAAGCACUGCAACACUAUGGUCUUUCACUCAAACCAAAGCUUGCUGUUUUCAACUUCGCCUAUGCUGUGGAUAUAACUCAGUUUCGACAGCUCCACCUAGAUGAUGUUCGGAGAUCCUUCUUCUUUGUUUUCUUCAUAGUGACAGCCUUUUUUGGCACUGGAAACAUAGCUUCUAUUAACAGUUUUGAUCCUGCUUCUGUCUAUUGUUUCUUGACUGUGUUCAGUCCCUUCAUGAUGGGAGGCUUGCUUGUACUGAAGGUUGUGAUCCCAUUUGUUCUGGUAUCAUGUGCUUUUGAAGCUGUUCAAGUCACAACACAGCUGUCUUCUAAGAGCCUUUUCCUCAUUGUUCUUGUGAUUUCAGACAUUAUGGCUUUGCAUUUCUUCUUUUUGGUGAAAGAUUAUGGAAGCUGGCUGGAUAUCGGAACAAGCAUAAGCCACUAUGUGCUGGUGAUGUCGCUGACCAUAUUUAUGAUGCUGAUGAAUGGACUGGCCCAGCUGUUAACCACACAGAGACUUGAACUUCCCAGAAGGACUAAGCAGCAUUCCACGUGAUAAAGUGAUAAGUGUUCCCUCCUUGUUCAAAUCCUCAGGCUUCCUCUGAACCAGUGCCCACCUCCAGAAUGUAAAUAUGACUUAAUGGACUAGAGUGCCAAAAUCCCAUUCAGGGGUCAGAGUGCUCUGUUGAUACAGAUUAAAUGCUGUCACAUGACUGAAAUUUGCAUUUGAGAAUUGCCAUUUAGACAUCGAUGGGGAUAAAAAAGCCUCUGUUUUAUUCUCCAGGCGUACAUAUUUAUUGAAAAUAAAAGGAACAACAAAAUUCUUUUUUAAAA